CAGUUCAGAGCAUGCGGUGUCCAGGAGGAAGCUACAACCGGCUUGAGAAUAUGCUGUUCCUCCCUCCCUUUUUCACCAUGGACCCUACACUGUGGCCUUUCUCUAAGAACCUCUGAGAUUGAUACCCAGGCAAGGCACAAUGCCCCUGUCCCCAGCAAGACUGCCUAGUCCCUAUGGCUCUGACCGGCUGGUACGGCUAGCUGCCAGGCUCCGGCCAGCACUGUGUGAUACCCUGAUCACAGUAGGGAGCUGGGAGUUCCCUGCCCACAGCCUGGUGCUGGCAGGUGUGAGCCAGCAGCUGGGUCGCAGGGGGCGCUGGGCUCUGGUGAAAGGCAUCAGCCCUUCCACCUUUGCCCAACUUCUGCACUUUGUUUAUGGGGAGAGUCUAGAGCUGCAACCUGGAGAACUGGGGCCCCUUGAGGAAGCAGCCAGAGUGUUGGGGGUGCAGUCCCUGGAAGAGGCAUGCAUGAGGGCUCGAAGGGAUAAGGCCAGAGAAGAGCUGGGUCCAAGGCGGAAGGAACAACAGAAAGAGCCAGAGAAACCCACAAGGGAUUCUAUGAGAGGAGUGGGGGGCUUUGGAGAGAAGCAGAGACCAGAGAAGUUUGUUAGAGCUGAUGGGAAAGAACAGGAGACAUUACACAGGCACAGGGCACCAAGAGAGAGCCCUGAGAUGGCAGACGCAACUCUGGAGGGUCAAGGGGAGGAGAUGAGACCAAAAGAGAAACUCAACCAAUCCCUUGUUGGCCAUCGGGGAGUAGAUGGGAAGCAAGAAGUGAUCAUGUGGGUGAGGGACAGUCCAGGGGGCUCUGAGGAAAGUCUGCGGGAGUUCCCUGGCCCCCUUCCCCCACCAGGUUCCCUCCAAACCGGCAUCACCACUAGGCCCUGGUGGGCUGAGGCCCCUUGGUUGGGGGAGGGCCAGCCUGCCCUGUGGAGCAUCCUGCUGUUGCCGCCCAGAUAUGGCACUCCCUUCUCCCAUAGCACCCCCAUGGCUGGAGCCUGGCAGGAGGUCUGGCCUCAGGACCAGAGGAUCCCACUGUCCCUGAACCCCCACAAAGGCCUCUGGAGCCAGAACCAGUUGGCCUCCUCCAGUCCCACCUCAGGUUCCCUCCCCCAGGGCCCCACACAGCUCAGCCCUGGGGAUAUGGAAGAGUCUGAUCAGAAGCACACAGGUGAACUUGCAACCUGUGUGGGUCACGUGGGCACAACAAGCCACCCAUCUCGCCAACACCUUCCUCCACCCCCUCCUGCCCGGUCUCGGCCCUAUUCUUGUCCUGUCUGUGGAAAGAGGUUUUCACUCAAACAUCAAAUGGAGACGCACUACCGUGUCCACACAGGAGAGAAGCCCUUUUCCUGUAGCCUCUGUCCCCAGCGCUCCCGGGACUUCUCAGCCAUGACCAAGCACCUGCGGACGCACGGGGCCGCACCCUACCGCUGCCCUCUGUGCCAGGCCGGCUGCCCCAGCCUGGCCUCCAUGCAGGCGCACAUGCGCGGCCACUCGCCCAGCCAGCUCCCGCCGGGAUGGACCAUUCGCUCCACCUUCCUCUACUCCUCCUCCUCCUCGAGGCCGUCUCGGGCCUCGACCUCUCCCUGUAGGCCCCGUUCCUCCACCACUUGACGAGGUGUAGCUUCCUUGGCUUCAGCCAAGCGUACAAUUAAAGAGUGAAAGCCGGCGGGCCGGCUAGGCUUCUGACCCCGCACCGCGGCUACGGCAGCCUAGCAAACUCGGCUCCAAGAAGCACCGCAGGAAGGGCGCCGAGAGCCCUCUCCCAGAUGACCGCGGGCCACAGAAGCCUGGGCCAGCGAGCCCGUGUGGGGUGAGGGCAGUGUGGUUUGCACGAGUGAAGGUUAACUGCGCGGGGACUGGCGACUCAUCACCAAAAUAAAGUUUCCUGUGCCCUCCUCUGGGGACCA